GUGAACUUCCGUGUAACUUAAGUAAGAAAGAAAAUGCUUCUGUCGGCCUCCAGCGGUGAUCUGGCGUCAUUGUCGCUAACGUUUGGCCUCGGUGUGGGAAAUUAUACACGACUCCGGAGAGAGCUCAGCCGCACCAGCCAUAACAGGCAGGCGGUGUGUGUGAGAAGUCCGAGUCGGAGGCGCUAGCCGCCGGGGAGCCAAUAGCCUCCAACAGCGGGCAGACAGAUGGCCGUGUGGCUCUUUGAGCGUUAGCUGUCAGCAUGGAGGACGACAACGGACUCGACGGAGACCUGAACGCCAACGUCAGGUGUCAGAGGACUGGCGACCCGAAGCUUGACAAGGCGGUGCAGCACUGGUUAGCCUGGGACAGGAACCAGUGGACCCGGGCUCAGGUGGAGUCUCUGGUGGGGGCGGGACGUGUCGAUGACCUGAGGCGGAGACUCUGCAGCAGGAUGAGUUUCGGCACUGCCGGGCUUAGAGCGCCGAUGGGAGCGGGAUUCAGCCGGAUCAAUGACCUCACCGUCAUCCAGUCCACGCAGGGCCUCUACUCCUACCUGUGCAGGUAUUUUGCAGACUUCAGCAGCAGAGGCGUCGUGGUGGGCUUCGACACCAGAGGACAGGAGGAGAGCGGCUGCAGCAGCCACAGGCUGGCGAAGCUGACGGCUGCUGUGCUGCUGAGCAGAGACGUCCCCGUGCAUCUCUUCUCCUCCUUCAUCCCCACGCCGUACGUGCCUUACGCUGUGAAGAAGCUGGGGGCUGCAGCUGGAGUGAUGAUCACAGCGUCACACAAUCCCAAAGAAGACAACGGAUACAAGGUGUACUGGUGUAACGGCGCCCAGAUCACCUCGCCUCACGACAAAGAGAUCCUGCGAUGUAUAGAGGAGCAGCUGGAGCCCUGGAGCGCCUCCUGCUGGGACGUAGGGCUGGUGGAUCGCUGCUCCCUGAGGACCGACCCCCUGACCCAGAUCAACAGCUGCUACAUGGAUGAGCUCGCCUCCCUCUGCUUCCACAGGGACCUGAACAGCAGCUCCCCGCUGAAGUUCGUCCACUCCUCCUUCCACGGCGUCGGCCACGCCUUCGUGCAGCAGGCCUUCCGGGUGUUCGGCUUCCCUCCACCGAUCGCCGUCCCGGAGCAGAAAGACCCCGACCCCAACUUCUCCUCGGUGCGCUGUCCCAACCCCGAGGAGGGAGAGUCCGUGCUGGAACUUUCUCUCCUUCUGGCAGAGCGGGAAAACGCCCGCGUCGUCCUGGCGACAGAUCCUGAUGCUGACCGGCUGGCUGUAGCAGAGAAGUCUGACGGGUGUGGCUGGAAGGUGUUCACAGGUAACGAGCUGGCAGCCCUGCUGGGCUGGUGGAUGUUCUUCACGUGGAAGGAGAACCACUCUGAACCAGCAGACGCUCGGAGCAUUUACAUGUUGGCGACCACGGUGUCCUCGAAGAUCCUGCAGGCCUUCGCUCGCAUCGAGGGGUUCCACUUUGAGGAAACUCUGCCAGGCUUUAAAUGGGUCGGGAAUAGAAUCCACGAGCUGUCCCAAACAGGAAGCAGAGUCAUCUUCUCCUUCGAGGAGUCCAUCGGGUUCCUCUGUGGGGACACAGUCCUGGAUAAGGACGGCGUGAGCUCGGCGGCGGUCGUGGCUGAAAUGGCCGCUUACCUUCACAACAAGCACCUAAGUCUGAGCCAACAGCUGCACAACAUCUACCAGACGUACGGGUAUCACGUGUCUAAAACCUCCUACGUCGUCUGUAACGACCCUCCCACCAUCCAGAGGAUCUUCAGCCGCAUCAGAAACUUUGACGGCAGCGGCUCGUACCCGAAGACGUGCGGCGGCGUCCAGAUCGUUCAUGUCAGAGACGUUACCACGGGAUACGACAGCAGUCAGCCAGACCUCAGAUCUGUUCUUCCUGUGUCCAGGAGCAGUCACAUGAUCACCUUCACGCUGCAGAACGGCAUCGUGGCCACGCUGAGGACAAGCGGCACCGAACCGAAGAUCAAGUACUACACAGAGUUCUGCGCGGUGCCGGGGCAGAGCGAGGUGUCCACCCUGGAGGAGGAGCUCAGGAAGGUCACCGCUGCCCUGGUGGAUGAGUUCCUGGAGCCCGAGAAGAACAACCUGAUUCGCCGCCUGGUGUAGCACCGCCUGCUCGUACCUGCUUACUGUUGAUGACAUCACAUCCUGUCAUGUGUGAAUCAGAGCAGCAGCUGCCUCACUCUGGUGUUGGUGAACUAUGAACCCUGAAGAGAUUCAGAGAGCGAGUCUUCAGAUUCUUUCGUGUGAUUGGCUGUGAUAGGAGCUCCUCAUGACAAACCUGACGUGGUGUUUUAAUUUUCUUUAAAACAAAACGUCUGACCAAAAGACAAAAUGAAACAGAAGAUCAAAACUUAAUAUCGAAACAGGACACGCGUGAGCAGAGCUCUUUAUUUCGCUUAAUUCAGCAGCAGUGCAUUCUGGGAGUUGGCUCUGAAUAUUCUUUUUGUGUGCAUAUUUUGUUGUUGUUGUUGUUGUUGUUCAGCCAUCUGUUCUUUUCAACCAAAUUUAAUGAAUAAAAUCGGCAGGCAGGACAAUUAAAUUAUUUUAUUUAUUUUUGUGUAAAAAUGCCAAAUAUUUGUUGUAUCUUUAAUUAUUUGUUACAGUAAAAUCUGCUGUUUUUUAUUUUUAUCCAGUUCUUGAUGUUUUAUGUUAAACAGAUUGUAGAAGCAGCUGUUGCUGAUAUUUAUUGUAAGUAUUGGUGAGAAAUAAAACAGCUGAGUUUGUUCUGAUGUCACAUUGACUGUUCGUUGGCCUGAGGUAAUUUAUUUUUUUACUCAAGGAGAUUAAAGAUGUUUAUGUGCGAGGAGGAGCUGCUGUUUCUGCUGUUGUGCAUUCGGCUCCAUGCAGAUGCUUUUAUUUUGUUAAAGAAAUGGUUGACGACAGCGUGAUGCCUCAUCUGUGUAUUACUGUCGCAGCUUCACUCGAACUGAAAAUGAAAUAAAAAUAUUCCUAGUUCUCUGA